AUGGAUAAGUCAUGGAUUUCAAAGGCCCGAAACUCAAUUGAUUACUCCAUUGGUUUGAGUAAAUUCUUAGAUUUUGCUUUUAAGAAUGGAGUUGUAGGAGAAACAAUUCGAUGUCCAUGUCCAAAAUGUGGAUUUAUGAAAUGGCAAACUAGAGACAUAGUUGAAGAUCACUUGCUAUAUAAACCAUUUCCUCAAAACUAUGUUAUAUGGGAUCUUCAUGGUGAAAAGCAAGCAUUAGAAUCUUCUCAAGUGGAAGAUGUUUUCCAAGAUAGUGGUGUUCAACCUCAAAACCCAAUGGAAAUGAUGAUCAAUGACGCAUUUGAACAAUAUAGGCAACAUGACCCUAAUGUAGGUGCAUCACAACCAUUAAAUGAAGAUGAAAUAGUAAAUGAUGAACCAAGAGAAGAUCAUAAUGGCUUUUAUGAGCUUCUAAAUGAUGGGAGCCAAACAUUGUAUGAAGGAAGCAAGUACACAAAACUAGAAUUUAUAAUCAAACUAUAUCAUAUAAAAGUUUUGUGUGGAUUAAGCGACAAGGCAAUGGCUAUGAUAUUGGAUUUGUUAAAUGACGCAUUUGAAAAAGCAAAGUUUCCUCCUUCUAUUUAUGAGGCAAAGAAAAUUAUUAACAAGCUUGGUCUUAAUUAUAAAAAGAUAGAUGCUUGUCCAAAACAUUGCAUGUUGUAUUUGGGAGAUGAUGAAAAAAGUUUGGAUGCUUGUAAGCAUUGUGGUACAUCUAGAUGGAAACCCAACAAGAAGAAGAAAAUAGCUGCAAAGGUUUUACGUUACUUUCCAUUGCAACCAAGAUUGCAAAGAUUGUUCACAUGUCGUAAGACUGCAAAAGAUAUGAGAUGGCAUGUUUUGGAAGACAAUAAAGAUGGGUUGUUAAGGCAUCCAAGAGAUGGAGAGGCAUGGAAGACAUUUGAUUUAAUCCAUCCUGAGUUUUCUUCAGAUCCUCGAAAUGUUCGCUUAGGCCUUGCUACUGAUGGUUUUAAUCCUGCUAGGACCUUGAGUUCUACCUAUAGCAUCUGGCCAGUUUUCUUAAUUCCAUAUAAUCUUCCACCUUGGAUAUGUAUGAACCAUACUUCCUUCAUUCUAUCAAUGAUCAUUCCAGGCAAGCAAUCUCCUGGAAAUAACAUAGAUGUGUACCUAAAGCCCCUUGUAGAGGAGUUACGUGAGCUAUGGAGUGGUGUGGACACCUAUGACUCAUCCUUAAAUGAAAAUUUUAGAAUGCGAGCAGCUCUUAUAUGGACAAUUAGUGACUUUCCUGGCUUAGGCAUCUUAUCUGGUUGGAACAUACACACAGGAUUGGCUUGCCCAACUUGCAAUUUAGAUGCGGAACCUUGUCGCCUUCGAAAUUGUAACAAGUGGUGUUUUAUGGGGCAUCGUCGUUUUCUAAGUAGAAAUCAUAAAUUUAGAUUGAACCGUGUUCGCUUUGAUGGAAGCAUAGAAGAACGAAACCCACCAUUAAAAUUAUCUGGAUCUGACAUUUUUCGACAAGUGGAACAUAUUAAUACUACAUUUGGAAUUGGAGCUAUUCAAAAUGGAACAAGAAAAAGAUCUAGACAAGAAGUCACACAGUGGAAUAAAAGAAGCAUAUUCUUUGAACUUCCAUAUUGGGAGUCUAACUUGUUACGACAUAAUCUAGAUUUUAUGCAUAUUGAAAAAAAUGUAUGCGACAAUGUCAUGUAUACAUUGCUCCAUGAGAAGGAUAAAUCAAAAGACAACCUUAAUGCUAGAAAAGACUUAAAAGAAAUGGGCUUAAGGCCUGAUCUUUGGCCAGAUGAUAAUGGAAAGUAUCACCUUGCUUUGUUUUCACUAACACGUGGUACCAAAAAGUUAUUUUUGAAAACUUUGAAGACUAUUACAGUACCAGAUGGUUACUCAAAACUUCAGUUGCUCCAAGAUCGCAUUGUGGUUACACUAUGCCACUUAGAAAUGUUAUUCCCUCCAUCAUUCUUCACAAUUAUGGUUCAUUUAACUGUUCAUCUUAUAGAGGAAGCAAAACUUGGAGGCCCAGUGCAUUAUCGAUAUAUGUAUCCAGUAGAGAGGGAAUUAGGUCACUUAAAAUCCUUUGUGAGAAACAAGGCACAACCUGAAGGAUCCAUAGCUGAGGGGUAUUUAGCUGAAGAGUCUCUUACCUUUUGUUCUCGGUACAUUGAAGAUAUCGAGACAAGGUUCAAUAGACCUAAACGUGUUUGUGAUAACCCAAUUGAUAAUGAGACUUUUUUUGUGUCCUCUAUCUUCCCACAAAUUGGAAAACCAGUAGGAGCUUGUUCAAUGUUCACUUUAACUCCAAUGCAAAAAUUGCAAGCUCAUCGAUAUGUGCUCCUUAAUUGCACUAUAGUCACACCAUUUGUGGAGUAA